CCCCCCUCCCUUCUUUUUUGUUUCCUUGUGUUCGCGUGCUCCACUAAUUUUUCUCUAAACCGCAAAGUCGAUUGUUAUUUUAUAUUCAACAGCACAUCAAAUAAACAAACAAAAUACGUCCCCCCACUCUGCACCAACCCACUCAACGCCGGCGCCGACCUGAAUUCAAUGUUCACAGACACCUACGAGCUGGCGUGCUUCGUGCCGUCGCGCCUGGACGGCCGCGCCCUCGAGACUCUGAUCACACUGACCAGCAGCCGGCCCUAUGGGUCCUACCGCAGCACCAGCGGUCCAAACAGCACCAGCAGUCUCGGCGCCAGUAGCAGUAGCAGCAAUAGCAAUAGCACCAGCACGCCCGACUCUGAGCGGGCCAUCAUUUUCCUUCACCCGUACGCGCCGCUGGGUGGCCAGUUCAGGAACAACAUCAUAUAUGAGGUUAACACCCGGCUGGGCCGCCGCGGGUCGCUAUCCAUUGCAUUCAACCUGCGCGGCGCCGGGCGCUCCGAAGGCCGCACAUCGUGGACAGGCCUCUCGGAGCAAGAGGACCUGCGCUCGAUUCUCGACAUGGUCAAGAGCCAGCGUCUGGUCCUCCACGACGCGCGCCACCCACCCGCCGAGCGCCGAUCACUGCUGCUGCAGAUGCAGGCGCGCGGCCACAUAGACGCAGCCGUCGAUAUCGACCAGCUGGACGCCGUGCCCCUUCCGCGCAUAACCAACACGCUGCUGUGCGGCUACAGCUACGGGUCCAUGAUAGCCGCCGCCAUUGGGCCCGCCGAGUACCCGCAGCUGGGCGUUGACUACGUCUACAUCAGCUUUCCAUACAGCGUCAUCUGGGCGCUUGCAAUGAGCAAGCGCUCGCUGUAUCUGCAGCGCAUCGCCGAGACUGUCUCUGCAGCUGCGGCUGCCUUUGCGGCGGGCGCCAAGGGCAAGCACAUCGCACGCACGCUGUUUGUCGCCGGCACGUCCGACACAUACACGUCAAUCUCGUCGUACAACAAGUGGUGGGAGCAGCUGGCCGCAAAGGCACUGCAGGCGGUGCAGGCCGCUGAUGACGCGGUAGACGCAGCGGACGCCAAGCGCGCCGUGGGUCAGGCGCUGACGCUGGUGCGCGCGCAGAACGCCGACCAUAGCUGGCUCCGGCGUGAGGGCGAAGUGACGGACUCCAUAGAGAGCUGGUGGUGGGCGCGGCACCAAAGCCCGUGAUCUCAGCAUCGUUUCCAGAGUUUUUCAGGCCGCGCCAUUCCACACACACUCAUUUUCCCUUUUCAAGUUUCCAGCUCUGGAGUUUAAAUAUAUUGCCACAGCGGCUCCUGCACAUCCCCUUCACCACGGCCGGCACCAACGGCAACGGCAGCGGCAGCG